GACACUAUUCUCAUUCUGAUUCUGGCAUAUAAAUACGUGCAUAUGUACCCUGUCUCUAUCUGACUAUCUCUGCUGCAACUAGUACUCUUUCUACCAAUUUCUGCUCAUCAAUGGCUGAGAGGAAGAAGUCUAAAGGGUCAAAAGGGAACGAAGGAGAGGAAGGGACUGAUGGUUCUAAACAAAAAAGAGGAGGAGGAGGAGGAAAGGAUUCUCAGCAGAAGAGAACAAAAUUAGGUGGAGCUGCUCAUUAUGUACACAAGCGAGUAACAGGACAGCCAAAAUCAACACCUAAGAAGAAAGACGGAAAGAAUGAUUCAUCUGAACCUCAUUAUGAGAUUCCAGCUCCACCUCCUCCUAAUAUGGAAUCAAAAGAAUCCCAACAGCCACAAGGAUGGAAUCCAGCUCCAUGGAAUCCAAAAACUCCAGUUGAGAAGAUCCCACCCAGUGAUGCUAAACACACUGAUCCAGUACAACAAAUGGUAUCAGCAUCAGGAACAGUUAUAUCAUCAAUAGAAGGGACAGAAUUCGAUCAUACUGAACUACCAACUGAAGGAGCUACACCUCUUACUGUAAUGAAAUAUGAUCAUGACGACGAUGAUGAUUCUGCUAAUUGGUACCACAGCAAUCCAGUGAUGAUCCUGAACUGA